AUGGAGCCAUCAAUGGAUACGGCUCUGAGCCGUGUGAAAGACCUGUUCCUGAUGGACGGAGUUGUCCAUCCCAUCGGCCGGCGCCCCCUGUUGGUUAAGGGGAGGCAGCGCUACACCAAGAUGGCGGUGGACACUGUCCUGUCAGUCACCUCGGUGAGAUACCGAGUGAUGUUUCUGAUCACAGCCUCCGGUUACCUCCACAAAGCCCUCCAGCUGGAUGGCCAACCUUAUAUCAUCGAGGAAUUGCAACUGUUCCCGGGGCCAGAGCCUGUGCACAGUGUCCUCCUGUCAUCGGAAAAGGGUGCACUCUACAUCACGUCAUCCACUUCAGUUCUGGAGGUGCCAGUCUCUAACUGCACGGCGUACCCCAGCUGUGGGCAGUGUGUCUUAUCCAGAGAUCCCUACUGUGCCUGGGACACACAUCGCGGAGCCUGCAAGGAGACGAGGGGACAGGAAAAUGCGUACCGCUGGCUUCAGGACAUUGAGAAUGCAGAAGCAGGCUCAGUCUGCUUACCGCAGGCUCAGCCGAGAAUGCACACACCAAGGGAAGUCUUUACAGCAGGUCCUGCGGAGCCUGUCUUGGUGGCGGUCCUGGAGAACUCGCUGGUCAGCUUGCCGUGCCGUGUCCCAUCCAACCUGGCGCAGAAGAACUGGACUCAUGAUGGGGAGCGGGCAGCAGAGACAGAGAUGAUCGAACAACCCUUUAGCUUGUGGCUGGUAGCUACCACGGGCCAGCAGGGCCUGUGGGAGUGCUGGGCGACCGAGAAUGGUUUCAGGACCUUGCUGGCGAGCUACACGCUCCAGGUGGGGGCGCGCGAGACGCCGGCGGGAACGGAGGGUCAGCUGCCGUGGGCUGGCGUUGCCGCGAAGACAUACUGGAAUGAGCUGUUACUGGUCAGCACGCUGCUGGCCUUGUCCAUAUUGGCGCUGGUCGGCUACGUCGCUUACCACCGCUCCAAGAGGUGCCGGUCGCAAAGGAGAGCCCGAGUCAGCCAGAUCCCGACGGACGACGGAGAACGGGAAGAAAUCCGGCCCGGCUCCCAAUCUCCGGAAGACGACACUCGGAUGCGGCAGACACACCACUCAAGUGCUGAGGGGAACCCACAGGAUCACAAUU